GGCAGCAGGGCCCGCGGCGUGCGGACAAUACCGGGGGGCGGCGGCUCGGCCUCCAUCGGCACCGCUCGGCCCUGCCCGGCUCCACCCCGAUUGGCCCCGCCCCGACUCGGCCUCGCUCGGCUGCAGUCGGCCCCGCUCGGCCCUGCCCGGCCCGGCCCCACUCGGCUUGGCUCCGCCUGGCCCGGCCCGGCCCGGCUUCGCUUGGCUCGGCCCGGCCCGGCCCGGUUCCGCUCGGCUCUACUCGGCCUCGCUCAGCGCGGCCCGGCCCGGCCGGCACCAUGCUGGCGCUCUUCAACAAGCUGCUGGACUGGUUCCGGGCGCUGUUCUGGAAGGAGGAGAUGGAGCUGACCCUGGUGGGGCUGCAGUACUCGGGCAAGACCACCUUCGUCAACGUUAUCGCGUCAGGACAGUUCAAUGAAGACAUGAUCCCAACAGUGGGUUUCAACAUGAGGAAGAUCACCAAAGGGAAUGUUACCAUAAAGCUCUGGGACAUCGGCGGGCAGCCGCGGUUCCGCAGCAUGUGGGAGCGAUACUGCCGUGGAGUGAGUGCCAUCGUGUACAUGGUGGAUGCUGCUGACCAGGAGAAGAUAGAGGCCUCUAAGAACGAACUGCACAACCUGCUUGACAAGCCGCAGCUCCAGGGCAUCCCGGUCCUCGUCCUGGGGAACAAGCGGGACCUGCCCGGUGCCUUGGAUGAGAAGGAGCUCAUUGAGAAGAUGAACCUCUCUGCCAUCCAGGACCGAGAGAUCUGUUGCUAUUCCAUCUCCUGCAAAGAAAAGGACAACAUCGACAUCACCCUACAGUGGCUUAUCCAGCACUCGAAGUCCAGGCGAAGCUGAGGUCCUGCAGGCCUGGCUCGGAUUGGGAAGAUGCCAUUGUACAAGCCCAUGCCCCUCUCUCCUGCUCUGUCCCUCCAGCUCUCUCUCUAGAUGGGUAUUUUUAGGGGACCCCAGACUCUGCUCACAUUGGGGCAGAGUCCUUGUUUUUAUUGUAAAGAUGUCUGACUGCCCUCUUCUCCCCCUCUCCUCUCCUCCCCCCUCUCUUCCUCCAUUUUGGCACUGUUCUGUUGUUGUCUGUGUAUACAGUAUAUAUAUAUGUAUAUAUAUUUUAAUUUUUUAAUUUAAGGGAUAGUGCUGUUAUUAAAUUGGGCCCUGUGAGCAGUAGGAAAGCUGGGGCUCCCCAGGGGCAGCCAAGGCUCAGUGUUGGGAGGAGGAGGAGGGUGGUAGCAGAAGGCAGCCCUUGGGGAUGGGGCUGUGCCAGCUGCAUGCAGGUCCCCUGGGGUUCCCUCUUCCCUUCUCUGGGUGUCCUGCUGCUGCCUCCAGGCAGAGACCACCCUGGGGUGUUGGGGUGUUGGGGGGUGCUCACCUUGCCCUGCCUGCCUCAGACUUGUGGGGGGAGGACAUGUCAGUGCCAUCCACAGGCUCCUCACCCCUCCAGGGGACAGGGAUUAGCCACAAGCCGCUGUCAUCAGCCUUCCUCUACUGCCUCCCCUUCCCCAACCCCUCAUUGGGGCCCAGGGUCACUUGUCCCCCUGCCCCACGUGUCCCCUGCUCUUGUGCCUGGGCCAAAUCCUGCCCACUGCCCAGCCUGGCUGCUCGGGGGAUGAUCUGGGCCACUGGUACCAGUGCUGGGGGCCCAGCAAUGCCAGCAGCCCCUGGGGGAGCGGGGGGCUGGCACCUGCCUCCCACCUGUGCCAGGGCUGGCUCAGCCCUGUGUAACCUCUCAGACAGCUGUGCUGGCUCCCCACAUGCCAACCGGCACCACCUGUGCCUGGCUGGGGCUGCUGGCUCUGCCCUGGCCAGGGACAUCCCUUGGCAUGCCAGAGAGGGAGGGACACAUGGAGACACACUCAGAGCAUCUGUGCACCCUCAGUGCUGCUCACCAGAGCCAGGGGUGUGCCCUGUGCCUGUUCCCCAUGUCCUGCUCUCCAUUCCCUGCUCCCCUUGCUCUGCUCCCUGUGCCUGCUCCCCAUGCCAAGCCCUGCUCUGCUGCUCUGGCUGGAGGUGUGGGAGCCAUGGGGUGUGUGCACAGGGUGGGGACUGGGGGAGUCCUGUGGGAUGAGAAAGGCUGUGGCUGUCUGUGCCAUGUCUGUGCCAUUGGUUGGGGCUCUGAGGUGCAGCCUGGGGGCCUGGCCAGGUUGGGGCCAGUUCAGGGGGGCUGGGCUGGCACUGGAGGGUGGGUGUGCAGGUCCCAGCGCAGGGGGGCUGGGGCAUAGGGUGGGGAUGGCUGGGGGGCUGCAGGGCCCCUCUCAACCUCCUCCCACUCAGCUCCAGGGCGUCAGGCUGGGCAUUUACCUUCUGUUCUUGUUUUUGCAGAAUUGCACAAAGAGAGGUUUCUUUUUUUUUUUUUUUAAUUUAAUGACUUGUAAAGUGUUGUCGCCCCCCGCCCCACCUCCCCCCCCCUUUUUUUUUUUUUUUGUAAGAGAUAUUUUGACUCAGAUUUGACCUCUGUUGGGAAAUGAUUCUUGUAACUGUAUAAUUUUUUUGCCUCCUAAUAAUAAAUUAACAAUUUUGCGUUG